CUUUUAGCAGUCAAAAUGUUUGACCUUCUUUCUCAAGUUAUUAAAACGUACUUCUGACCAACUUUACUGUUUGCGCUUACAAUCUAAUAUUUAUGAUGUGGGAGUUAUAAGAGGGAAAAUGUGAACAUGGGAAGGGAAUUAACGUCACGGAAAUAGUUGGACUGAUUUAAUGGAAUAUAAUUCGUAUAAAACAGAUAUGAAGGUGGCUUUACAGAAGUAUCUAGAACGAACCAUUUUGUUCGUAUUGUGCAUGUGCGUAAUGUGUUUGCUCAUACAGAACAGUUUGUUACAACAGUCCCGCACGGGCUAUCUAAUCAUUCAUCAAAACGGUGAGUCGUUCCGGGUGAGGUCUAGGAAAUAUUUACAGACUGAUACUUUAACAAACAGUGGUCAACAUCUUGCUUAUAAACGGUCUGAUAAAGAUGAUAACCUCACAACAACGCAAUCACCGUUCCAAGAUACUUUACUGCAAUGGCGCCAAUAUGAAAGAGAGGCUCUGGCGGUGUUUAUCUUGAGCGCCAUUGGCUCAAAUUCUACAAAAAAGGGAGGCUACAAACGCGAAAUUAAAUUGAACGGUUGGGAGGCUAUGAAGCACCGGUUGGCGAGUAUCAAGUGCUGUGUUUUAUGGAAUACUGAUAAAUUUUCUUACUUUAAAGAUCCUGAGAAAAUUUUCUGGAAAAGUAGCAGACUAGCUGCAACACAAUUUACAUGUCCCAUUCGAGGACCUUUAGUAGACGUAAGGGGUGUAACUCUUGAGUUCAGAAAGAAGCCAUGUCCGAGGGACGAAUCCGUGUAUGUGAAACCAUUUCUACCAAAACUUCAACCGAAAGAAUCAUUUGCAAUUUGUGUAAAAAUAGUUUACGGUGUUGUAGAUAUGAAGCUCCUGGUAGACUGGAUGGAAUAUUACCGUGAAAUGAAAGUAGACAAAGUAUUCAUGUUUACGUAUAAUUUAACAAGAAACAUAGAAACAGUUCUACAGCAUUAUACAAAUACAGGCUUCUUAGAAAGAAGACAUUUUGAUUUUCCAUGGAAGAAAGAUGGUUUAAUGAAGCGGGAGAUCGGUGUAAAGAUGCGAGUGUGUGGCAAGAUGAACAGGUGGUUUGUGUUCGAUUGUUACCAGCGUCUCCAAGGUUACACGUACAUCUCCAUUAUUGACCUUGACGAGUUUCUGUUACCAAGAAAACACAGCAACAUAAAGAAAAUGAUGAAUGAUAUCACAAGACAGUACCCAAAAGCUGCUGGAUUUACACUAAAAAGUUUUAUUUUCGCAAAAGAUUGGAAUAAAACUGUAGCUACAAGUGGUUCUGACAUUGUGCAAUAUUUACGGAGAACACCGGCUCUCUACACACGACAGAAAAAUAUCCUUAUUCCAGGGCGGGUUCAACCAAAAAGUCUCGAUACUCACGAGUUUGAGCCCGAGACUGGAUAUGAAAGAAUAAAACUACCGGAGUCUACAGCUGCACUAAAUCAUUACCGCACGUGCUAUUCCGACUUCCGGAAAUUAUGCAGAAACAAGAAAAAGAGAAUUUUUGAUAAAGCAAUUUUAAAUGUGGUUGAUAGAUUUAGAAAUAGAACUUUAUGGAUAAAUGAUGUUGGUAUUUUAUGAUUUAAAGAUUAUGUUUCGUUAGGUAUUCAAGUUAUAAAUGACUGGAGGAAACUUAAAAUACAUUCAAUCACCACGAGAACACUCGUGCGGCGAUUUGCAAAAUCACGUGGCAGCAGCAAGAAACAUUAAAACAAAACAUCUUGGACAGCCGCAAGAACGCUAUCAAUAUUUUAUAAAUGUGUGUAAGAUAUUUUAACUUAACUAGUACUGUGUUAGUGUAUUUUGUCUGAACUUUAAUUGUUUUAUUAUUUUUU